AUGGAGCGCAACUCUAGUGUUUGGGGAGCACUACAUAACGGUUGUAAGGUUUAUGGAGACAUAGAGCUCGGUGAGUUAGUUGCACAGAAGUUAAUAAAUUUAAAUCCGUCGGACCCAAGAAAUUAUAUCAUGCUUUCAAGUAUAUACUCUAAAGCGGGCCGUUGGGUUGACUUUUCAAGAGUCAGAGCGUUAAUGAAAGACCAAGGUCCUAUGAAAAUCGCGGGUUGUAGCUUUAUUGAACAUGAUCACAAGAUUCAUAGGUUUGUAGUGAGUGAUCAAGCGAACACCGACAUCGAGCGUAUAUACGCAAAGUUAAACGAGUUAAUGAGCAAAAUUGAGAAGGUUGGGUAUAUAGCUAAUACCGAGUUUGUUCUUCAUGAUGUAGAGGAGGACGUUAAGGGCGAUUUGGUAAAAAGCCACAGUGAAAAACUUGCUAUUGCAUUUGGUCUUUUGGUGUAUAGUGACAAUGUGCCUAUUAUAAUCACUAAGAAUUUGAGGAUUUGUGGUGAUUGCCAUAACAUGGCAAAGUUUGUAUCGAGUGUUGAAAAGCGCGUGAUCAUCAUUCGGGAUACAAGGAGAUUUCACCAUUUUGCUGAUGGGUUGUGCUCUUGUGGAGAUUAUUGGUAA